UACCUACUCAGGUUUAACUGGUUAUUAUUAACUAAGCACCGUAAUACGAGUAGCUCGAAUAUACAUAAGGUAUAUAAAAUUAAUUUAUAAAUAUAUUCCGAUGUCAUUAAUGGGCCUUGGCCCUUGCCCUAUUUAUUGUAUGCAAUAUGAGCGCAAUAAUAAACAUUUGAAUUUGGGUAAAUUCUAAUCUUAUAUAAGAAAUAACUUCGAAAGUUGAGUAGUAGUUAUAGUAGCCUUAUAAAUUUAUUUUUUCAUAACUUAACCGAAAGCAUAUAGAAUUAUGCAUGUUGAGGCUCCUACCAACGAAGGGGAAGCGGGGACUGCAUACCAAUAAACCAGUUGGCCCAGCUGCCGCGCCCCUCGCCGCCUCUAGACGCCUAGCGAGCACACUUGGCUCUGAGAUACGCGCUCAUGUGCGCGUCACACGCAAUUCGAAACAUAUUUUUCUAUUCAUACAAUACCAGCUUAAGUACCUUUGUGGAACUCGAAUUAGAAGUUUUUAAAAGUAUCUAAGAUUUUUAUUUUAAUAAUCAAGACUCCAAGCUUGAACAUGGUGACCCAUCGACGUGAUUAAUACGCAAAGAUAGCUUCUGCCCGAGUCGAACGAAAGUCCUACGUGUGAAGAAGGCAAAGGUCACGACAGCAACAACGUGGCACAAAUUGGACAACCCGGCGCCAACGCAGUUUUUUGGAUCCGCCUGUUGGAUUGUACCUAUCCGCGACGCCAGUUGUACUGUAGAAAUAUUCGGAGAUUUACGACGCCAUUUUGGAAACUGCAGACACCCUUACUUCAAGCCCGCCGGUCAGAACUACGCCGCAGCCAGGUUUAGCAAGGGAAGUGCACCAUUCCUUCAUAUUUCCUACUCUCUGCUCGUACUUUCUUCCACCUAUUUGACUAUUUAGCUUUGCCGUCUUCACCCCCUUGCCGUACUUAAUUUUAAUUGUAUGCCAUUUUAUUGCAUUAGUGACGUAAACAUUUGUUAGCCACGUAUCCUCUUUUGAUAACAAGUGUCAGUGAAAUAAUCUGGUCGCUGCUUUAUAGCCAAUUCAAAACUUAUAGCCUUUUGCGCUAAGUUAAGCAUUUAUUUAAAACUAUUUAAGAACAGAAACGCUUAUUUGAGUGACAUUCUUAUUAGUUAAUUUCAUCAGCUUAAACUUUUCUCCAUUUCAUAAAGCAUACUCCUACUUUGUGCUAAAUACACAAAAAGAAUACUGUCUAGCGAUUUUACUAAUUACGCGCAGUUAAAUCUCAACGCAUAAAAAAAAAACCAUUGCAUUUCAUAGUAACACAAGUGUUCGUGCGAUCGUGUUACAGAUAAGAACCGGUCGCGUCGCUCCCCGGCAACAGCUACGACUCAGCUGCAGCUGCGGUGUGUUUUCUGCUGAUUCCUGCAUUUCGCAUAGCACUGUUGCCGACCGAGCCAACCACUGUGACUGUGAACAUAGGCCAGAAAAUUUACGUAUUUAUUCCAUAUUUUUAUUUUUGAUUUCCUCAUUCGCUGUUUUCAUUGAAAUCAGAUCUUUGUCAUAAGAUGGCUACGUUGGUACCCACUAGAACGUCUAUUAAGGGACGUAUUACUAAAUUUAAAAAUUACAUUGCCGAUUUGAAUGCUCAGGAAAGUAUUUUCUCGAAAGAUGUAGACGAACUUUCGUUGAAAUUGGAUCGUUUUCGUAGUAUGUUCACACAGUUUGACCAGAUCCAAACUCAAAUAGAAAUUGCGACUAGAUCAGAAAUUCAGACCGAAAUUGACAUAAGAGAAGAGAUGGAAAUAGUAUUUUAUGCAACAGUGGUAAAUGAUUUUAUUUCUCUUAUUGCCACGGCUCAAAAGAUUAUUGACAAGGCAGCCGAAGGAUCUGAUUUCGCCAGCGUAAAGUCUGAAGUUCAAAGUAACUGUGGUCAUGACAAUACAUGCAACGGUUUAAAUUUUCGUUUGCCUGUGAUUAAAAUCGCUAGUUUCGAUGGUUCGUACUUUAAGUGGCUCGAAUUCAGAGACACAUUUGAUUCCCUUAUUCACAGUUCCGACAACAUCAAGCCGAUUCACAAAUUUCACUAUUUAAAUUCUUAUUUGGAUGGUGAAGCGGCUCAGGUGAUUAGUAAUUUAGAAGUGUCGGACAGUAAUUACGCUGAGGCCUGGCGUCUUCUCUGCGAGAGAUAUGACAACAAAAAACAGCUGAUUAGCAACCAUUUGAACUCAUUGUUUAAUUUGCAAGCGAUUGGUCGCGAAUCAGCAAAGUCCCUUCGAACACAUCCCCGUUUAGACAGGUUUCAGAGGCUCGAGGCACUAAGACAGCACUUCUGGCGGCGCUGGCAAAUGGAAUACGUCUGCGAGCUCCAGCAACGGACGAAAUGGCGUGUUCCAGGACGAGCGCUUCAACUGGGUGACCUGGUCCUAAUCAAGGAAGAGAAUACUCCUCCACUGCACUGGCGGCUUGGACGAAUCUCCAAAUUGUUUCCUGGCGCCGACGGGAUUUCGCGAGUAGCCGAAGUUGCCACUGUAACAGGCACCUAUAAGCGAGGUGUGAAAUACCUCUGCCCUCUGCUGGACGAGACCCAUGAAGCCUUGAAGGCUAACGCCUCCAAGGGCCCCCAGGAUGUUGAGGCUCCUACCAACGAAGGGGAAGCGGGGACUGCAUACCAAUAAACCAGUUGGCCCAGCUGCCGCGCCCCUCGCCGCCUCUAGACGCCUAGCGAGCACACUUGGCUCUGAGAUACGCGCUCAUGUGCGCGUCACACGCAAUUCGAAACAUAUUUUUCUAUUCAUACAAUACCAGCUUAAGUACCUUUGUGGAACUCGAAUUAGAAGUUUUUAAAAGUA